AUGUAUCUUCACCGACGAUACUUCCUGGAAGCCCUGGUCAGGCGAUCCCAAGAACCGCUGCGCAGCAAGUAUGCGUUGAGCGUGUUGUCAGUGCAUCGUAGUGCUGUUCUACUUCUUCAAGGGAUUCGACAAAUGGACGAGAUAGUCAAAGGUGUACUACCAAGGCUCACCUUCAUGUGGGCUCAUGCCUUGUGGGUUUGCUUAUGUGCCAUUGUGAUCAAGAGUCCAGGCUGCGUCCUGGCCCAAUCGAGCCUUGCGGAAAUAGACAAGCCCACCAUAAUCACGCUUUUUGAGCAAGCUCAUCACGCCAUGGAUCGAUAUCGAGAAGGGAAUUGGCCAUCAACUGGAGCUAGGGAUGAGCUCGCUACGGAUGUUAUGAAGCUCAUUGGAAGGUCUGACUUUGCUCUUACUGGCGAAAACACUGAGAGGACUACACAUGUUCCGGGUAGUCACAGGAGAAUUCUCCUACCAUCAGAUGCGCACCCUUCACUGUUCGAGUACAUAAAGCAGUUUGAGAGUCAGUCGGACCGGAAUAGCGAUACUCCAUCAACGGAUUCAAUCCAAGCUUCAGCGCCUAGCUUCACCGUAGAUUCGACCAUACCAUCAUCCGUUGCGCCUACAGCGACAGGAUAUACAGAACCAUUUGGAUCGCAUCUACUUAAUGAACCAUUGCAAAGCAAUAGCUCUGGAUUCGAAUCCCACACCAAUCGGCCUAAUUAUGCUGGUCCGUCGCCGAAUCCCCCAGACUGGUCGUCGAGCUUUUUCUACGACAAUCAGAUGUCUGCCAUGAAUAAUCACCAAGGCAACAACGCCAAUGUUACGUCAUCGUAUCCCUCAUAUGACGGCCCAUAUUUGGUACAAGGGGUGGACUAUGCCCAUCUUGACGGACAGCCCCCACAGGAUCAAGUAUGGGAACAGUUCCUCUCCAUAUUGAUCCCAUCAGACACGAACCCAGACGCAACAUCGAUACUUUAG